UACUUCAUUUUGGUGAAGCUUGGCGGACAACCAAAGGUACUGUAGAUUCCUCCUAAACUGAAAAUGAUUCCCACCGAGAGGACAUCCCAUCUGCUUCCUUCGGUUUCUUCGGUUCCUCUCCUCCAAAGAUAAUGAUCAUUUACCAGCUCCACCGCACCUGAUUAUCAGCCAAUUCUUUAUCCGGCGAUUUGAGUUCUCUCUGGAGUCAUUGGAACUUGGAAGCGAAAAGAUAACUUUUGUUGCUUAUCCUCCUAUGUACUGCAGUUGGAGAUACCCAAAAGUGAUCAGGCAUGGAAGCAGGCGAUGAGGAGAGACCCUUGCUGCAUCCCAUACCUCCCGAUGUUGCACUGGAUGGGGAUACAAGGCAUACUGGUGAUGGAACAGUUGAUGCUAAUGGACUGCCUGCUGUUAAGACGAGCACAGGGAACUGGAGAGCAUGCUUCUUCGUUUUAGGUAUCGAGUUCAGCGAAUGCCUGGCCUUCUUCGCGAUAUCUAAGAACUUGGUCACCUACCUCACCAGCGUGCUCCAAGAAAGCAACGUCGACGCAGCAAGGAAUGUGCCUACUUGGAUCGGCACCACAUUCUUCUCGCCGCUCGUCGGAGCUUUCUUGGCAGACACAUAUUGGGGGAGAUACAAGACGAUAGUGGUUUUCCUCUCGGUCUACGCCGUUGGGAUGCUUGUGCUGACGGUUUCUGCAGCACUGCCAUGGAUGCUGCAAUCCUCCAACCAAGUCCGCCGUGUCGCCGUCUACUUAGGACUCUAUCUUACUGCCCUUGGCAACGGUGGCAUCAAGCCCUGCACCUCUGCCUUCGGCGCCGACCAGUUCGACGUCUCCGACCCGGCGGAGCGCAUGAGGAAGGGCUCUUUCUUCAACUGGUACUACUUCUCGAUCAACGUCGGCUCCCUGCUGUCGACCACCGUGCUCGUCUGGGUGCAGGACAAUGUCGGCUGGGGAGUCGGCUUUGCGGUCCCUCUGCUCCUCAUGAGCCUCGGGUUCGUGGUGUUCCUCGCCGGCAGGAGUGUGUACAGGUACAAGAGGCCAGGAGAGAGGAGCCCCAUGGCAAGGGUCGCCCAAGUUGUUGUUGCGGCUACCAGGAAUUGCCGUCUGGACUUGCCCGAUGAUUGCUCUGCCCUGCAUCAGUUGCCUGCGCCAUCAGAGGCUGCCUUCCAGGUUCAGCAUACCAAUCAGUUCAGAUUUUUGGACAAGGCUGCCAUUGUCCCACCACCGACGUUGGACAAGAAAGGCCAGUGGAGGCUAUGCACGGUGUCUCAGGUGGAGGAGGUGAAGAAGCUGCUGCGGCUGUGCCCCGUGUGGGCAUCCUUGGUGGUGUUCUUCAUGGCCACGUCGCAGAUGUCAUCGACCUUGAUCGAGCAGGGCAUGGCGAUGGACAACCGCGUGGGCUCGUUCGCCGUGCCGCCGGCCUCUAUGGCCAGCUUCGACGUGCUCGCAACGCUCGUGCUUAUCCCCGUCUACGACGCUGUGCUGGUGCCCCUGGCCCGGCGGGCCACCGGCGAGGACCGGGGCCUCUCGCAGCCGCGGCGCAUCGGCGUCGGCCUCGGGCUGUCCGCACUCGCCAUGGCCUACUCAGCGCUGCUCGAGAGGAAGCGGCGGAUCGCCGCCGGCGCGGUGAGCAUCGUGUGGCAGGCGCCGGCGUACGGCGUGCUGGGCGCCGGGGAGGUGUUCGCGGUCAUCGGCAUGCUCGAGCUCUUCUACGACCGGGCCCCGGACGGCAUGAGGAGCAUGUGCACCGCGCUCGCGCAGCUAGCGGUCGCAGUGGGGAACUACCUCAACACGGCUGCGCUCGGCGCCGUGGCGUUCGCCGGGUGGAUCCCUGAGGACCUCGACAAGGGCCACCUGGACUACUUCUACUGGGUGAUGGCGGUGCUCGGCGCCUUGAAUCUUUUGCAGUUCUUGCUCUACUCCUCCGUUCCGGCCAUGAGGCACAACAGUGGUAGCACAACUUCCUGAUGUUAAAAGCCAGAUAGAUCCCGCGCACACACACACACACAGUCUAGCAGCAGCUAUUACAAGGAUUUGAUAGGCAAUUUGGAAACAAGGUGAAGAGGCAAGAAAAAGAAUGAGGCAUCAAAUCCGAGGUGGGAGAAAAGAGCCGCCUGAUCCCAAUGGAUCGUUUGAGCAUUGUCUCCUCCGGUCCUCCCUCAUAUACGUAGUAAAUGUGCACAUGCAAUGCACGUCUAAGGCUCAUAGUGGGGAGUAACUUAGACUAGUAACAUAUGUCAUGUUACUAGUCUAGGUUACUACCUUCAUAGUGGGUGGUAACUUAUAUAUGGUGUCAUGCAUUGUGUUAUUUAUUAUGUUGUAGACUCAUUUUGUCUUGGGGUGUGUGAUGUUAUGGUAACAUAGCUAGUUACCAGCUCACUCUCUUUCUUCAUUUAUUCGCAUGCCAUGUCACCAAAAUGCCUUGAGAUGUGUGAUGUUACUAGCUAUGUUACUCCCACUGUGAGCAG